AUGCGCGAACUCACCAACAUGUACACGCUGGAUCCCUCAGCUCCUUCCUCCUCUCCAUCAUCAACUCCCCAGUCGCCUUCGAUACCUGCUACUCCCAUGUCUUCUUCAUCCUCAAUGUCUGCACCGGACAAUGGCAUACCAGAGUUCAACUCCGUCAUCAUUGUCGGUGCGGGAAACUUUGGCGCUGGCACUGCCUUGUCGUUGGCUCGCCGCGGUGUUCAAGUCACCCUGCUUGAUACUUCUGCUUUCCCCAACCCCAGAGCUGCCUCGCAUGACAUCAACAAGAUUGUUCGCGACGACUACCCAGAUUUGCUUUACAUGCGCAUGAUGGUCAAGGCAAUGCCCAUGUGGAGAAACAACGACCUCUACAAGUCCUUUUACCACGAGACUGGCAUGCUUCGCGCUGAUCCAACCGACUUUGCCGAGCAGAGCAUUGCGGCUUACAAGGAGCUGGGCAUUGAAAAUGGAUGCGAGAUGCUCCCCGUUGACGAGAUUCGUCGACGCUGGAACGGGAUCUUUGCAACCGCUGAUUUUGAGGGCCUUGAUAAGGUUCUCUACAACCCCAACGUCGGCUUUGCCGAGGCGGACAAGGCGCUAGCAGCCGUUGUGCAAGCAGGCAUCGACCUGGGUGUCGAAUACGUUAUUGGCGAGAUGGACACGCUUGCCUUCGGUCUCGAGGGCGAAUGCAUUGGAGUGACUCUCAAGAAUGGAAGUACGAUGCUGGCAGACAAGGUUCUGAUGGCCACUGGAGCGCGCACUGAGCCUCUACUUGCGCAGAGCGCCCCCAAGAACAAGAAGCUGCACUCUGGCGAUCGCAUCCUGGCUACGGGGGCCGUGAGCUUUUAUGCAAAGGUGCACGGCGAGCAGAAGGCCAAGUUUGCCCCCGUUCCGGUACUGAAGAACUGCCUCAAACAGGUCAAGGGCGAGGCUAUGUCUAUUCUGGCGGAUGGCACAAUCAAAUUCAACUGCGAUAUGUGCUUUACAAACUUCCAAAACUUCCCCGCGACGGGCGAGCAAAUGUCGGUGCCCCCAAGCGACGCCAAGUACAACACCUGGACUGGGUCCGACUUUGUCGACUUUUUCAAGCAGCGAACGGAAAUGACAUUCAAGGGCAUCUACGGAGAUGAAGUCAAGGAUGUCGAAAUUGAGUCGUACCGCAUUUGCUGGGAUGCGUCAACCCCGACGCACGACUUCCUCAUCACUUCGCACCCACACUGCGAAGGCCUGUUUGUGGCGACGGGAGGAUCAUUUCACGGCUGGAAGUUCUUGCCGGUCAUUGGGGAUUAUAUCGCCGACAUGAUGCAAGGCACGCUGGAGGACGACUACACGACACGCUGGGCGUGGGAUAAGGAUGUCAGUGACGGCCACUCGGCCAAUCCAACCUAUUCAGUGGUGGGGGAUCUCCAAGACUGGAUCGCAUAA